AUGCAUCCCCGCGGGGCGGCUGGGGUUGGCGGAGUGGUUAGCAGCGCUGCCGGGGGCGCACCUGGGCAGGUGUGCGUGCGGGUUCCUGGGUUUCGAGCCCACGGGCCGCUCCCGCGUCCAGUGCCGCGGCCGGAACUGGCCCGGACGCCAGCUUCGCUCCUCUGCCCAAACUUGGAGCUCGGGAAGUGUGGUUUAGCCUGCUGGCGCCGCGAGCUUGGGCGGCAGCCUGCCUGCGAAACCCGAGCCCCGCGGAGCUGA